CCUGAGCUCCUCAGCAGAGUCGUGACCCCCAGAGCAGAUUACCGGCCUUUAGAGCUGCUCUGCGGCGGAGCAGUGACCUCUGUCUGCCGCAGGGAGAAGAGCUCAGCGGCGGCGUUAACUCCCGGACUGUUGACGUGAUUGCGGGGGCUCUGACGGCAAGGUAGCUCACCCAGCGUCACCCCGUCACGCAGCCUCCCUCCCCCGGACAUGUCUCUGCUGUGAGAGCCACCAGCAGCCUCUCUCCAUUUCCCAGAUCCAUUAAUACAAUCACUGUCAUCUCCUCCGCGCUGCUCUUUUGACAACGGUGUCUUUACCCAACUUCCGCCGCUAAGUGCUAGUUGGUCAAAACUUUAGCCGUUCGCUAGCUCUUAGUACAGUUAACCAAUCCGAGUCUCUCCAGCACACCAGCUAGCUAAUGUCUUGUGCGGUCCUUGUGUUUGAACGGCGGCCAGCACCAUUGCCGGGACACCGGGCAUUCUCCCCCCCCGGGCGGCUGAUGCAAGGGUGAGGGGAACGAUGCUGAGAUUCCUUCACAUCCUCCUCCUAGCAGGCCUCUUAGGUGUUCUAUGGGAUAGAGUCGAUGCUCUUGGUGGGGUCAGACUAGUGGAUGGGGAGGACAAUUGUUCUGGGAGGGUGGAGGUACUCCGCCAUGACAGGUGGGGGACAGUUUGCGACCACGGCUGGGACCACCGGGAGGCUGACGUCGUGUGCUUGGAGCUGGGCUGUGGUUUAGCUGAAUUGGCCCUUCAUGGUGCAAAAUUUGGUGAAGGUAGUGGAGCCAUCUGGCUGCGCCACGUCCAGUGCACUGGUCACGAGUCCAGUUUGACACACUGUGCUGUCGUCCUCCACAGUAACUACUGCACCCAUGAGAAUGAUGCAGGGGUGAAAUGCUCAGGUACCCUUUUAACGCCCACCCUCACCCUGCUGUCACCUCACACUGUGUUCUCACCCGGGGAGGCCGUUCGCUUUGGCUGCAGUGUGCUGCUGGGUCACCACCUCAGUGACCUCCACUUGUACAAGCAGGGAGUGUCCACGCCGUUGGUUACACAGAGGGCGGACCAGACCCACGCCGGUGUGGAGCUCACACUGUCCGACAUAGAGACUUUCCACCAGGGCAGCUACAGUUGUCGUUACAGGAUCAAGGGUGGCUUCCCCUCUCAGCUGCUCAGCUCUCCACCCAGCAACUCCAUCAACAUCACCGUGGUGGAGCUCUUGACUCCCCAACAUUGGUACAACACGUCCUCUGAGGCCCCGGCUGGUUCCGUCAUUAAAGGCCACAAUUUUAACAUCACCUGCUCCACCCUGCAGCAGUACCCAGGAGGUUCCUUCCAGCUGCGUCUGAUCCGGUCCAAUGGCACCGUGCGCCAGUCAUUACCUGCCCUCACCCCGUCCGUCACUUUCACUUUUUCCAACGCCCAGAGCGCCAACGAGGGCUACUACUACUGCCUGUAUCGGGUCCAGCUGGGUGGACGCACCUUUGUUUCCAGAGAAAGCCAGCCCCUGCCUAUAGCCAUAAGAGACCCAGAUCCACUAUUGAGUCCAAUGGUGAUCAGCUGGCUUGUGUCUGGCCUGACAUUUGUGGUAGCUGUCAUUGUUAUAAUUAUUGUGGCCAAGGUACUAUGUAACAAGGAGAAGAAGCCCUCUGAACUAGAACGAGAGACCAGAACCUGUGUGGACAACACUUAUGUUGCCUUAUCAAUUAACAAGCUAUAAUGGGGUACGCAAGCAACAGAACAACAACUAAAGCAGAAUCACUAGUGAGUGAAGCGUCGGAAGGAUCCCACUGUCCUACCUUGAUUCAGACGGCACGUAACAAGAGAACCAAAAGGCUCGGCUGGUCGUCACACACCUUUUGACUAAAGGCACCAGAGGGACCCAGUUCAGAACAGUCUGGACGAGGUAGUUUCCACUGGACACUAACAUAGACCCAAGACUGUACUAGUUUUCUAGCAUACCAAACUUCAGACUAGUGUCACUGCAGGGAAACAAUGGAUAGAACUGGCUAUUACAGAUUGUAUUAGAGUGAGAUGCAAGCUAAUGGCCACAGAAGACUGAGAGACAGGAGAAAGUACUUCCAAGUCAAAGUUAUGGUUCAGGUUGUUCUUCAGAUUCGCUCACUUGGUUACUGCCAUGACCCCAGAUGUAUGGAGUGGGGGCAAUUACAACUAAAUGCUAAACUGGGGAAACUGUGACAUGGGUUCUUCAGGUCUCUGUGUAUAUGCAGCUCAAAAACAUUUUGUAUUUAUUACCAGGUAACACUAAUGACAGGCUCAACUAGCUUUCUAUGUAUUUGCUUCCACAGAUCAAUGAUCCUUAAAGGAUUAGAAAAUGUUUUUUGUAUUUUAAGUCUAACCCUACUCUAUAUGUCAUUAACAUGUACAUUACUGCACUUAGAAGUGUCCAAGUAGAAACUGAACUGAUAAAAAUGUUGCUGUUGUAGGAGCUUCUGGUUUCAAUUAGUUUUUUUUAUGGUAUUACUGCAUGUAUUAUGUAGUUUAUAGCAUCAGAUCAAACUACAUAAAAGGAGAAAGCUAUUGUCAUGAAAUGCACAGUAUAGUUUCUUUAUUUUUAUACCCUCCGUUAUUUAAACGUUAAAUAUUGCUUUUGCCCCUGAAUAAAAGCCUUUAAACUUG